AUGUCUACCAUUGACGACGAUCAUUUCCUUUUCACCUCCGAAUCGGUUGGUGAGGGACACCCGGACAAGAUCUGCGAUCAGGUUUCAGACGCCAUUUUGGAUGCCUGCCUUGCAGAGGAUCCAUCAUCGAAGGUUGCAUGCGAAACUGCAGCAAAAACCGGUAUGAUCAUGGUUUUCGGAGAGAUUACCACCAAGGCCAAGCUUGACUUCCAGAAGGUUGUCAGAGACACGAUCAAGAGGAUUGGCUACGACAGCUCGGAGAAGGGUUUCGACUACAACACCUGUAACGUGCUUGUUGCCAUUGAGCAGCAGUCACCAGAUAUUGCCCAGGGUUUGCACUUGGAUGAGUCUCUUGAGGAUUUGGGAGCCGGUGACCAGGGUAUUAUGUUCGGUUACGCCACCAACGAGACAAAGGAGAAGCUUCCUUUGACCAUUUUGCUUGCCCACAAGUUGAACAAGGCCAUGGCAGAUGCCAGAAGAUCUGGAGAGUUGCCUUGGUUGCGUCCUGACACCAAGACUCAGGUCACCAUCGAGUACAAGCACGAUGGCGGUGCCGUUAUUCCCCUCAGAGUGCACACGGUGGUCAUUUCCGCGCAGCACGCCCCGGAAAUCUCCACGGAGGACAUCAGAAAGCAGUUGAAGUCGCACAUCAUCGAAAAAGUGAUACCUUCAAACAUGUUGGACGACAAGACCAUCUACCACAUCCAGCCUUCCGGCCGUUUUGUGAUCGGAGGCCCUCAGGGAGAUGCCGGAUUGACCGGCCGUAAGAUUAUUGUCGAUACUUACGGAGGAUGGGGUGCUCAUGGAGGUGGUGCCUUUUCCGGUAAGGACUACUCGAAAGUGGACAGAUCGGCAGCUUAUGCCGGAAGAUGGGUUGCAAAAUCGUUGGUGCAGGCUGGUCUCUGCAAGAGAUGCUUGGUCCAGCUUUCUUACGCCAUCGGUGUUGCCCAGCCUUUGUCCAUUUACGUUGACACCUACGGAACAUCCAAGUACUCUUCGAAGCAACUUGUUGACAUCGUCCGCAAGAACUUCGACUUGAGACCAGGUGCUUUGGUCAAGGCCCUCAACUUGGCCAGACCGAUUUACCAGGAAACUGCCCGUUACGGACACUUCACCAACCAGUCUUUCCCAUGGGAGCAGCCUAAGAAGCUUGAGCUCUGA